AAAAUUACAAACCACAAAAAAAUAUCAACAAACUACAUUCAAGGAAAAACCAAAAUACCAAAAUAGAAGUAAUAGAACACGUAAAGAAAGAUCUAAACUGCACGCCAGCUAUAAAUAUUUUUGUUUCGAAGUCUCAUAUUGAUUUUAUUCUUAUUGUAAGUUAUUUAAAAUGUCAGAAUCUAGAAGAAACAGCCAUAAAAUGAAUGGAUCAAGUAGUAACACACCAUUUCUUAUUGGUGUAUCUGGAGGUACAGCAAGUGGAAAAAGUACAGUAUGCAAAAGAAUCAUGGAAAAACUUGGACAAGAAAAUGUGAAUCAUUCAGAGAGACAAGUGGUGUGCAUAUCCCAAGAUAGCUUUUACAGAGAUCUUACACCAGCUGAAAUGGCAAAAGCGGAAAGAGGUCAGUUCAAUUUUGAUCAUCCAGAUGCUUUCAACGAGACCCUUAUGAAGGAAACCUUGAUGGAUAUACUUGCUGGAAAAAUUGUGAAGAUACCAACUUAUGAUUACAAAAGUCAUACAUUGUUGAAAGACGAACUCAUAACAAUAUAUCCUGCAGAUGUGGUAUUGUUUGAAGGAAUCUUAGUGUUCUACUUUCCAGAAGUUCGUAAGUUAUUUCAUAUGAAGCUUUUUGUAGACACCCAUUCUGACACAAGGUUAGCUAGAAGAGUAAAAAGGGAUAUAAGAGAAAGAGGACGGGAAUUGGAGCAAGUUCUGAACCAAUAUAUAAAUUACGUGAAACCAGCUUUUGAUGAUUUCUGCUUGCCUACUAAGAAAUUUGCUGAUGUUAUAAUUCCAAGAGGUGCUGACAAUUUGGUUGCAAUUGACUUAAUUGUUCAGCACAUAAAAGAAUUAUUAGCUGGUGGUUCGAGGAUACCAAAGUUUGAUCAGUAUGAGAGUACUCUCAAUGCAGAAUCGCCAACAAGAAGAUCAGCUCCAACUGGAGAUCCUCUCCAUAAAAGACCCCAUUAAAUUUGCUGUAAUUCCAUGAUAGACUCGUAACGCCAGUCCUACUGUUUCAGCAAUGAAAAAUUAGCAAUACCCCCAGUUUAAGCAUAUCCCAAUUAGAGACAAACGGAGUUUGUCCCACUGUUGUUGAGUACUUUUAGAUUGUUUGGUAAUAAUAGUUUAUAUUAAUUCCUCUAGAGCUUUAUGACAAUAGUCUAUUCUAUUUUAGUAUCUUGUGGAUCAAAUCAAAACUUUGAGACAUUUUCAAAAGUUAAAGUUGUGUUUUAAAUAUCAUAGUGCUUCUUUAUUUAGUUCCAGGAAUAGUAUGAGUGCGCUGUUAUUUGAUGUUGAAAUAUUUAUUGACGAAAAAGUCAACAUUUUCACUUUCAUUAUUCUUGUUGGAGAUUGUAUUCCGAUUUAUUUUCUUUUUGUUUUCUCACUUCAUUAUUUUUUAAUUAUUUUUUCCUCAAUACUUAUAUGUUAUUUUUUUAUUAUAUUUGUUACAUUUUAAAUACUGUGUAUUUAACGCCGCCGUUUAAAGUUAAUUUUUCAGAUUAUGUCACCUACUUAAUUUUAAAUAAGCUUAUCUACUUAUGCAAAUAUAAAAUCAUUAAGUUCUUAACAUAUUGAAAAUUCUUUGUAUGCAAGAAUAAAUAAAGAAAUAAGUGCCAUAAGAAUACAUUGACGGUAGCUGAAAUAACUGAACAGAAAAUUUCAAAUUUUAAAAUACUAAUGUGGAAAAAUUUCUUCUUGCAACAUUAUGUGUUCUUUUUCAUUGUUUUCAAAAGUUGUUUUGAACAUGAACAUUCGAGUGCAAUUUAUGUUUUCAUCAACACAAAAAUUUUUUAACUCUAGAAUUGAAAGUAUAUAGUAGUACUCUAAAGAAUUCAAAUGUUGAUGAAUACAAAUUAAGAUUAAUAUUUUUUCAAAGAGUGUAUUUGUCUGAACCAAGUUCCUCAAUUCAAAUGCUUUCUAUCGUUAUUUUUUAGCAAUAUUGCUUAAUGUUGUUGUUAUUUUUGUCAUUAAAUCUAAAGAAAUA